GGAUAGGGGCUCAAAAGAUGAUUCCAGCCUCAGAGUAAUAUAAGCAAAGGAACGCGAUCGUUUUGGUGAUGAGAAACAAAAUCAAUUCCCUGUCACCAAGCCAAGCCAAGCCACGCCAUGCGACAAUGACAUAAUUCGGGGCAAUCGGCGCUAAAAAAAUCCACCAUCAGCAGACCGCGGCAUGGGCUGCAAUUGGGUGGUCCCGUCGGGAAGAUACCCAUCGUCAGUGCGAUGCGCACGACAAGCGCGACAACAGAUUCGGCCCAUGUUGUUGGAUUGCCAUCUCGUCAGCAUAUCCUUCUUCUUGGCACAACAGUUCGAGAUGUUGCUGCCGCUCGCCUCUUCCAGAGUCUAGGCUGUUUGAUCUGCCGAAGAACGGUCUGGUUCCUGCAGUGUAAGGGAGUAGAAGGAAGUUACACUCGGCUGCUGACGGCUCCUUUUUUUCCCCUUCAUAAUUUUUGUUGAGCCGGCACGGACUUGCAGGUCGGAGAAGCAUGGCAGCUAUAGUGAGGGGCCUCCUGGUCACAACAGGCCGACCAUUCGCAUUAUGUUGCGCAAACUCGGCCCCGACACGUUUCAUUUCCCCGUGGGUCUCGGCCUCGCCCACCCCAAAACGCGCUCUGACGAGCAGGCGAUGGUCCUCGAACGCGACCCCUCCGCCACAGACCCCGGCACAACACCAGACAGCGACGGCGCCGGCGCCCUCGCAAGAACCGGCGCAGCCCCCAAUGACCUUCUCGUAUAGCGUGGCGGCCUCGUACAUCGGCAAGGACCGGCCCUACAACCCGGCCACUCACGUCUUCCACUUCAACCCGCACAACCGCAUCCUGCCCGACCAGGCGCGCAACAAGCGGCUGCGGCCCGAGAGCGGCCAGGACGCCUUCUUCGUGUCACGCGUCGGCGACACGGACGGCGUGGCCCUAGGCGUCGCCGACGGCGUGGGCGGCUGGAUGGACUCGGGCGUCGACCCGGCCGACUUCUCCCACGGCCUGUGCGGCAACAUGGCCAGCUUCGCCUACUCGUACCGCGCCCCCAAACCGACCGAAUCCCCCCAAAAGCCCCAGGCGGCGCAGGCGCAGGCGCUCACGCCGCGCCGCUUGAUGCAGCUGGGCUACGACGCCCUGUGUGCCGACGGCUCCAUCCCCGCGGGCGGCUCGACGGCCGUGGUCGGCACGCUCAGCCCGGACGGCACGCUCGAGGUGGCGAACCUGGGCGACAGCGGGUUCGUGCAGCUGCGCGCCAACGCGGUGCACGCGGCGUCGGCGCCGCAGAUCCACGCCUUCAACACGCCCUUCCAGCUGUCGGUGGUGCCGCCGAGCAUCAUGGCGCGCAUGGCCGUCUUUGGCGGCGCCCAGCUGAGCGACAUGCCGCGCGACGCCGAGGUGACGCGACAUAGAUUACGGCACGGAGACGUUCUCGUGUUCGCCUCGGACGGCGUCUGGGACAACUUGUUCAACCAGGACAUCCUGCGCGUCGUCUGCCGCGCCAUGGCCGCCGUGGGCGCCUGGGAGGCCACCGAGCAGGGCACCCGCGUCAGGCCCGACCUGUCGGCGCUCACCGUCCCCGCGGCGGCGGCCGAGGGCGCCGCCGAACCAUCAGCCACCACGCUGCAGAGCCUCCUCGCCACCCAGAUCACGGCCGCGGCCAAGGCGGCCAGCGUCAACACCAAGCUCGACGGGCCGUUCGCCAAGGAGGUCAAGAAGUACUACCCGCGCGAGACGUGGAGGGGAGGCAAGAUCGACGACAUAUGCGUCGUGGUUGUCGUCGUGUCGGAGACCUCGGGCAGCGACUUGGCCGAAAGUACCGCGCCGAAGCUGAAGAGCCGCCUUUGAGACGAUGGGCAGGAUUAUAUGCGUCAAAACACUGAUGCUACCGAGCUGCUGGUCGCUGUUUGAAACAUUCCAACUUUGUUCUGGGACAUACGGGGUAGGGCUGCCCCAACCCUUGUGGGGAUCGGCAGUGCUAAGAGCCACGACCUCGCACACCUGCUAUCUAGGUAUCUGGGUAGUUUCUACCUACCCAGCUACACUCCAUUUCUCGGCGUUCUUGGCUGGAAAAUCCGGGGGGACUCUAUCUUAGGUUUUCCCUUUGCGGCCUCAUGGGAACUGGUUCUAUGGGCAAAGAUCUGUUAUCAGGGGAGCGAAAGAGGGAACAUAUAUCAUAUACACUUGCAUAUACAGGGGGCCAACCCAUCUUGGCCCAGGUCGGAGUUUUCCCAACCAGGAUGUCGAUGGCUUGCACAUCAUCACCCAGUUUGUCUUGAUUCCAUGGAAGCCCAACUGCCGCUAGAACCCAGGACCUUCGCCCCACCUCGAUCCCACCAAUGGGACUAGCCGCGUCCUGUGACUCUGGUUGGCUGGAUGAUAUCCGGGGAUCUCAACCUCUGUAUAUCCGUCCAGGUUUUUUUUUUUAUCGCACACAGCCAUCAGCGCUUUAUUUCCGA